GUGAAAUAUACACAGUUUUAAAGUUCCCCAUUGGUCUUCAGUACCAGAGCACCAUUUAGACACAAUGGAUGUCAUAGCCCCUCAUGACAGUGGUAUCAUAUCAGAGUUGACACUGUAAACUGCUGUAUCUCAGUCCAUGCUGUAGGGGGUUAAUCGCCUCAAUAAAGCGUGUUAGCUUGCUUAUAGAUGCCAGUGUAUUUCGUACGUGGGAUGAAACACAGUCGUGCCUGGAUAACAGCUCCAGUUAGAGAGAGUAACUUUCCGUUUUGUUAGCUUUCUUCAGCAUUUGCAAAAUCGUGGGUGACUAUAUAUAGGUGAGUACAAAUUGGUACAAAUAAGCCUUUCUAAUAUCUUGAGUGUUUUUUAUCGCGACUAGCAGAUACAUCUUCACGUUUCUCUCUCUUUUUUGUACCCUUAACGUAGUUUCGCAGUUGAUAGCUAGUGCGGUUACAGAUAGAGAGGGCUGAUUUAGAUUAAGCCUCUCUUGGUUCGAAACUGCAGAUAAUAUUGUUUGCCCUCUAAAUUCGUACAAAGUUCAGUUACUUAAGUGAGUCUUGCGCCGUGCGUUCCGCUACGUUAUUUCACGCCAUAUGCUAGUGGAUCAUGAAAAAACGGAAAGAACAACGCCCUGUCGAUGCAGGCUUUAAAAGGACACACCGGAGACUCCUUCUAAAGAUUUUUGUUGGCUUUCAAAGACUACAAAGGUGGAACUUGAAUUUGUACGUACUUGCUUCAUAACGAAUGGCAAAAGGAUCCGAAUUUUUCGCCCCCACACGAAGGCACUGUUAAGAAAUGCACGUAAUUAUUGCUCAUUGUCGAUUUGCUUUAUUACCAGUCACAAGAAAAACGAACGAUAUGCUAAGCUCUUGGGUAGCGCGUUUGAUUCGGGCGCAUCCAAACUGAACGCAUGAUGGCUGCAUGCGUGGUUGCAAGGACUUGGCGUCAAUCUAGGUCAACAGUAGCUAUUGGGUAAAUCUAAUUUACAAUUGUCAGUCUCUUUCGAGAGUAAUCCAAACUUUAUUAAAUCAGUACAGUGGCAGAUAAACCCUAGAAGCAAAACUGACUUUACGAAAUUAAUUACAGAAACUUUGGUCAAGUCGAAGAGAUUGUAAACAAUAUUUGCUCCAACACUUUCAUGACCUCUUGGAGGAGGCUUAACACAGAGUCAAUCACGUCCCUUUUGAAUCACUACAGUUGAUUAUCAUAUGUAUUGGUACUCCGCGCAUAGCUAUCGUUUCAUAUAAAGAAGUGCUAAUAGGUGUUUUAUUCAAACAUAAACACUCGUUACCUUAUCUUUCGAUCUUAGACAAAUACCCGUUCACCACGACUGACUUCAUUUGAGUUAACUAGAUUGACAAUGGGAAUUACUGUUUAGUUUGCACGCGGAUCGUGGAGCAAACGGUUUUAAACAUGUUGAAACGGAGUGACUGACAGGUUGCGCAUUGACUCUCCAGUUUUUAAGAGUGCAAAAACACAACGCUGCCAAGUUUUUUAACACCUGACUAACAAAAACAAAGAAAACGCAAUAACUAGAAGCGGACCUGAGUUCUUUGGUAGCGAAAGCCGGAACCAUUUUGCUUCAUUGUUUGCAGGAUUUUUUUCAGAGUUAUUGAACACCUAGGACAAGUAGCUCUGACUCUUACUGCUUAUAAGUUUUUAUUGAAUGUUAGCCGAUCUUAUUUUCUUAUAACCUUUUCCUUGUCAAACACAACGACUAAGAGUACAACAGCUGUUGUAGACUGUAUUCUGGAUUGCCUUCAGGUGAUUGCUUACACUCGUGAUGAAUUACACUGCCUUUUGUUGUUGAUUCCUCUUUUUGGCACGGCUUCACCCUCAGUUUUUUAGUCGUGAGAGCCAAAAGGUGUAUUGCUUCAUGUCAUUUGUUUUAGGUAUAUAGGACAUGCAAGACAGUUUUCUCAGAGGAGACAAAAAAACUUAGAUAUUCCGCCUAUAUUGUAACACUCGGAAAACUUGCAGGAAAGUUCAUUUCCCUCGUUACAUCUAAGACAGCCGCCGUCGGAAAAACUAUCGUGCCUCAUGUGACAAAGGAACGAACUUCAGGGAACACUACACUUCGGAUAUUGGCACGAGGAAGCUCAUAUCGUAAUUGCUAAUUAUUUUUUAUCCCAGACUGUUUGAAACUAUAGUACUGAGAAGGUUUAUACAUUCCGCGGCAAUAAAACGUUUAGCAACUAUGUAAUUAACGUGUUGCACUUCCCCGAAACAAAAAUAUUUCAGUACUUUGCGGGGUUUUCCUGUUCUAAUUAUCCCAAGAAGUUAUUGUUUUGCUUUCUUUUGUUUCGGGUACCUUAAGUGCAAUUUAACAACUCUGGGGGCAUUGUCCUUUUAAUUUUGCUUUUUCAUGGCGUUAAAUCGGACCAACUUCAAGACAACUCGCCGGUUUGUUGUUAAGUAAUUCCCAGUGGAAAUUACCUUCGUGGGGGCUUGUGCAGACAAACUGCGAAACAAUGUGUAAUUAUAAGCCGAUCUUUGCUGCGAGUGAAAAAGACAAAGAAACAGACUUAACACACAUUUCACCACCGUCAUUCAAUAAAAAAAUCCAUAGCUAUUCUCUCCCAGGAGUUAACUUAAACGUGUCGGCACAGUUACAAGUUUGUCGACAAGGUAAUGGUCUGUAGGCACGUGUUUGACGAGGCUGAAACAUUUCAAGUUUUUUUUUUCCACUUUGAGAGACUGAGAAAUAAGCUGAACGUUGUUGCAGGAAUCUAUUUAACAUGUUUUGUGAUCUUCCUUAGUUUGGGACAACAUAUGGGAGUUCGCAUAAGGUGUAUGGAUAGGAUAUUACCCUUCUGUUUCGAAGAGCGUGAACAUACCAUGAUCUUCUGGGAAAAGAAUCUAAUAAUAGGGUGUAAAAAAGCGAUAGAUUUCAUAGUUUAAAUGACAAACAUCUACCAGUUGCCGUUAUAACGUUUGAUAACAACUGUAAUCGACCAAACAGGAAGUCAUAUAAUUAUGCGUACCUAAGGCUAACCGAGUGACGUAGAAUGUCACUUGGCCUGAUAGCUUCACAUCAUAAACCUGCAAACUUUAAUUAAAAGAUCCGGGCAAUGUCUUGCAUGUGUAAAGAAUACUUUUGUACGUUGAAUACAAUUGUUUACCUUAGUUUACUUGACAGUUCAUUUUGGCCCCCAGCGUGUUUGUGUUGUCGAAUAAUUGUAAAUUAGUUGCUUUGUUCAAAGUCAACCUUUGAAGACAAAGUUAACUGGCCUUGGGAAGUGGGACGCUACGUUGUUUGAGCAGACAAACUGCCCAGUUUACGGUAAGAUUACUUACGUUUCUGGAAUUCUUUUAACACUCCAUUCGUGUCAUAAAAAGCACUACAACGCUAUUGUAACGAGAAACUGUUCACUAACAACUAAACCUGUUUCGCAAAACGUCAGUUUCGUGCUUUCUUACAAACGGAGCUCACACAGCUAGUUUUGCGCGAAUUUCGCGUGGCAUUGACAACAUUUAGCGACAGACGCGUCAUUAUUAUAUAGUACAUUGCAGUCAACAUAAUGCGAGAAGCACCUUAAACUAUGGAGACUUGCGUUCGGAAUAUUUGAGUAAGUGGAAUCUGCUAUUAACCCAGCCUUGAUGUUUCGCCAAGAUGAUAGCGCGUACAAUUAAAAUAACUGAAGUCAUCCGGCGCACAUAUCAGUGGAUUGCCCUAGUCCUGUUUCAAGCUCAAAAUCCUACCUGUUCUAUGCGGAAUCUUAUCGUCAUGUUAAAUCGUUAAAAGAAAUUCCUUGAUAUAGCAUUUGGCAACCGCGUGUAGAUGGUUAGUAUACUGAACCACAGUUUAUCUUGCAGUCAGCCUAGUAUUCUUGACUCUGCUUCGCCUAAACAGAAAACACGUGAAAAUUGACUAACUUGACAUCGGUCAUUUUUUUUUCUUUCCCUGACCUCCAAGCUUAGUAGCCGCACAAUCAAAAGCAAUGAAGCUAUAAAUCAUUUUGCUGCUUGAGCUCUAGCUGAAGUUAUUAAUAAUUAUUAGACUGGUAGAACUUUUGAGCAAGUCGUGCCAAACUGUAUUGCAAAAAGAUUUUUCGGGCGUUGUUAGUAUUCGAUUCUCCAAGCACUAAGAUCCAAAAGACCGCAACAUGCUUGCCAAAACGUUUUCUAGUACCAUAGUGUCGUGAGGCAAGGAUCACUUAACGCUGUCCUCUUUCAGACCAGUAGGCUUCAUUUUUCGUGACCCUACAUGAUUAUUAACAUAAGGUGCUUGCCACUUUUAAAUAUUAUCUACAGGAUAAUAAACCUUACCACUCAAUUCAUCAUUUUUGUGUGAAAAGUUUCGAUUUUACAUGAUCCCAAACUAAAAUCUUUCAUCAUGAACAAUGUGUACACUGUCAUGAUGCACUCUAUCCGAUGUUCGUAAUUUUCUAUAAAUAUAUAUAAAAAAAUAUUGUUAGAGUCAAGACGUCCACAACAAUAUGUUUUUAAUCCUGAACGGUGUUUCCGGCCUUCUUUCAGAAUCAGACCUUUUAAAACCUGUAAAAAUGAAGUGAACUUGAGUUUGUGGAUUCAAUUCUAAGGCGUGACCAUUACGUAAAGUAAACGAAACUUUUCGCUGCUUCCUGGUUCAGUUUCUUUUGUUUUGCUUCAGAAAAAAAAAUACAUCAUCUUGUUUUUAUAAUUAGCUACACUUAAAAGCUGAAACAGGUGAGAAUGAGAGAUUUUGCCCCCCAAGAAUAAACGUAGUUUUCACUUAGAUAUAGUAAAUGGAUAAUAUAGAAUGGAAAAAAAUUCGGGUUAGGCUGAAAUGUGUUCUCCAAAAGCUUUAUCUUUGCUGUCUCGUGGGAAGUUUAAAAAAAUAUUUAUAAAUGCAUGGGGUGUGGUUUUCUAAUGGCAUAGUUCAUUGCAGGUUAGUUUAUAAACGUAAUUAAAAGUCAUUAGAUAUUACUUGCACUAAUGUUCUUAAUUGAAGUAUCACAGACGUGAUUAGAUAAACGCAGUAAGAAGAGAAAUGGUGAACUUUUUGUGGAGGGUGCGUUUUCAAAACUUUUCAAUGAACUUGAAACGGAAACUUGAUUGCCGAAGAACCUAAUAGUUCCCAGUGCGUACUCUCUGAUUUUGGAGGAAAACUAAAGUACUGUUCAACGGAUUUUCUUUCCGGAAGGAUUACAAGCAGAAUAGAAAAGUUGGAAACUUUGUACAAACUAACAGGCACAGCAGAAAAUAAUCUUCUGUAGCUAUAUUGCUAAAAUGGUCAGGCCUUGAGAUUUUAUCCACGGAAUCGAAAGAGAGGGUUAUUUUGUUCAGCAUAAUAACAAAUACUUUCGUCGGGAAAGUGCUGCUUAGUGCAUGGCAUAAAUGAUUUAUUUCAUGCAUCGUCAAAUUCAAAAGUUAGCCUUCAACCAACUUGUACAGCAUAAUACAAGACAAAGUACUGUUUAGGAGCUUUUAUUUGGAAGAUUACACCUAGGAUUUCAUUCAUAAAGUGUAAUGUAAAUUCAUGUUCAUUGUCACAGGAAAGUAUUGCCUCAAUACAGCCACUAUACCAACGAGCAUAUUCCGGCCUCACAUCUUAUAAUCAGCGAUCAACAUCCUUAUUCUCACGGGCUUUAUAGUUGAUCAAGUAUUGGUAAUAUAAGGAGAAAAUUGAUCUUAGUCACUACGUCAGGGCUAAAGAGUCAAGGGCUUGUUCAGGGAUAUUAGUCAAUACAUGUCAAAGUUCAUAUUACUUUUCCUCUUAAGAUAUUGUUCUAAUUAAACGCGGUCAUGUAUAAUUUGUUUUCUUUUGAAAAGAACCCUUUCAUUACCCAUCAAUAACGAGUUUUGACUUUUUAUCGUAAGAAAACAUUGCACAAACUCCAUAAACCGUCCAGAGCAACCUUAGUUUAGCACAAGUGAGUUAAAUCCAGUUAUCGAACUGUCAGGCUAUAAAUUUCCUCCAUUUAUACUAGCCUCCCACUGAAUCGAAUAUCAGUUAUAGAGAUUAGAUUAAAACUAUACCCCAGAUGACGAAAGCUCACGGCAAGUUCAUCGUUUUCUUAGAUUUCUCGUACCGUGAAAUUGUCUAGUCACUUUCGUAUUACACCUAACCGGUGACUUUAAUGAUGAUCGCGCCGUUUCAGGGGUUUCAAUGAUCAAAAGUAGAUCAAAUUUAUUUUCCUCUUGAGAGAAGUUUAGUAAACGGAAAUUUUGGGUUGUCGUGAGAAUCACAAUAAUUAAGUUUUCACUUGGCACCUUUUUAUAACCGCUGCGGCUCUUUAAGAAUCCUUUUAAUUCACUUUUAAUAGCGUGUGUAAUUAUUGGCUAACUUCCGUUCUGAAAAGUUUAAAUAGACCUCCUACUGCGUUCUUGUACUUACAGGCCUUUGUUUAACAACGGCAGCUGUUUAUAAGUUUAGAUGGCUGCUGUGAAGUACAUUCAGGAGCCCCUCGCUUUAAACCGCGCCGAUCAAACAUCGUAUAGACUUCUUUGGGCUCCUGGAUAGAAUACCAUUAAUUUGAGCCAAAAGCGCGAAGGCAGUAACUUGUCAAAAAGUUUGUUGUUUUUGCGCGAUUCCUUCUUAUUUUGCAUAGCCGAAGACAGAAAUUGUCGCCACUGAGCGUUGGGUACCGAUUCCUUUCAUAAAAACGCCUUCGGAUCGUAUUUGCGUGUGUUGUGUGUGAAUUUCUUUUAAACAGUUGAAGCGAUCGUUCGUGCACGCUGUUGACUGUUGUUAAAUCGCCGCCUCGUUUCAAGCAGUGACCCUUUGAUCUUCAAGCUGGGGGUUUGACAUUCGGCGCGAGGCUUUUUGUGGAACGUAAGCAAAUAUUGGAAACGUGAUACGACAAUUAUUUAAUUUACUUUAGAGGGAAACAAUAUAAGCGUUAUGAUUUUUAUUGCAAAUUGCUUGAGGCGGCUUGGAAUUCGCUGAGAAUUUUUAUGUGAAACAGCAGCAGUAGUGCGGUGAAAAGACCAAGCCCAGCACCUUUAAAUUUGGUCCUUUGACGCAUUGGCGAGGUAACUUUAUGAAACGACUUAGUUUAAGUUGAUGAUAGCAAAAGACUGCGUGGCAUAUACUCGGUUGCUGGAAAGCCACUCGAUUUUAAACUGACGGGAAGUGCUAAUUCUUGAGAGUUAAUGACCUUAUCUCCUUAAUCACUGGACAGCACUUUCCCACUUAUCCUGAGAUCCCAUUUAGAUAAAUAAAAUCAUGCUAUCAGGCCUCUUAAUCAUACUAACUCUCUUUUUGUCUCAGUUUACUGUGAAAGAUGUUGAUCGCUCGGCUAUGCUGUGUAUUCUUUGGGACAACGGUUUGUCUGGGACUACCGUCAACGUACGUGAAGAGCAAUUCCAACUCAAAGCGUUCGACGGAACUGUUUCAAACAACAGAACAGGCCUUCUUGCAGAAGAUGGGUAUGAAAACGCGCCCCAACCCGAAGAAAGGAUGGAAAGACAGAGUACCACAGUUUAUCCUUGAUUUGUAUCACAAUCAUAUCAAUGACCCUGAGUGGAUUUCCACGAAUUUCAAACAUAAGGGAAAAUGGACCUCGGCUAACACGAUCCGCGCAUUUCAGCACGAAGGUAAGCUAAUCUAAAAACACUUAAAUGGUUGAAGCUCGGAGCAAGAACACGGAAAAACAAAAAUAUUGUUGCAUGUCCCAAAAUACACCUAGAUAGCAUAUGUGUCAAUAGCUUUUAUUUAGAUGAUCGUACAAGAGGAUUUAACAAGCUUAGGGUAAGAAUUACAUACGAAUUACAUGACGCAACUUCAACCGUGAGAAUCAAGCGGAAACAAAACAAUACUGACAAGAGCUAAUAUUUUGCCAUGGAACCACUCCGGCUUUGCGACCAUGAAAUGGGAAACAAAGUAAUUCGCGAUCAGCCUUCCUUCUUAGGACGCGAGGGGAAAACGAACUUUUGCGUUCGCACUGAAAACAAAGAACGCCUGGCCCGGCACUCGUUGGGACCAAUGCGAAGCGAGUCCACUUAAUUUCUUCCUGAGCACUCCGUGAGAACAAGAAGUAGCACGAUUCCCUUUACCCCCUGGCUUAAACCCUAAUUUCGUGAUGUUUUGCCAGUCACGUAUUUCAUGUCGCUUCGGUCAUAUGGCGAAGUGCUUCAUUGAGUGGAAUAUGCGACCAUUCAUUUUUUUUUUCGGAAACUUUUGCAUGACUUUGCUGUGACGCCGUUUAUUGCAGUCAAUACUUUCCCAAAUGCCUUUUCAACAUUCAGCCUCAGGGAGAAUAGGUGUUAAUAACUCCGAUUAUUUCUGUUUGUACAACAGGUGACCAUCUGGCCACUACAGUGUCGCAAUUGUCUCCGAACAGAUGGAACCUCUUUUUCGACCUUUCGUCUGUACCAGAUGUGGAAACCCUUACUGCUGCAGAGCUCCGGUUGACGUUUUCAACUGUAAAGAACGCUUCGAGGAACGCUAUCGCAACUACGAAACAGCAUCGUGUUAAAGUCUAUCAAGUGCUUCUCCCAGGAACAGCUGGGCAACCUGGCCUGACACGAUUAAUAGAAACAAGACUAACAUCCGCUAAUGAAACUGACAACUUUGACAUAAGACCUACUGUUCAACAUUGGUCACAAAAUCCCGGCGAAAAUUUUGGCCUUGAAGUGCAUUUGGACACUACUGGAGAAUCUCCAGUCGUUCACUUGAACAAUAACGGGAACGCUGCAGCAGAGAAAAAGCCUCUUCUGGUCACGUUCAGUCACGACGGAACGCAACACGUCUAUCGCCGUCGUAAACGGCGAAGCGCGGGGAAAACGAAAGUUAAGAAUGAUCGCAAUUUCUGUCAGAGACAUCCUCUCUACGUUAACUUUGUGGAAGUUGGAUGGAACGAUUGGAUUAUGGCGCCGCCAGGUUAUUCUGCUUUUUACUGCAGCGGCGAGUGCCCCUUCCCAAUAGCGGAUCACCUGAAUACCACAAACCACGCCAUCGUGCAGACCCUUAUGAACAGUGUCAACGCUGAUGACGUUCCACCAGCGUGUUGUGUGCCUACAACAUUGGACCCAAUAAGUAUGUUGUAUUUAAACGAACACGGUAAAGUUGUGCUUAAAAAUUACCAAGAUAUGGUGGUGGAUGGGUGUGGUUGCCGGUGAGCGAAUUAGGAGAACACAACAGGGAGCCAGAAUUCGGCCCGCAGUAAUAGUCUUCUGCUACUACUGACUAUACGGCCUCUAGUGCCUCUAUCUUUGGACUCAAGGCAGUCAAUUUUACCCCGAAAGGUCUCAACGCGAAAGGCAGGACCACUCGACACUUGGUAGACGAUAUAGCCUACUGACAGACGACUAAAAAGCCCUUUUAUACAGGUGUAUGUAUAUCAGACAUUUUACCAAAAGCGGACACAGUCAAUCAAAUUGAUCAUGCACCUCUCGGAAAAAUUAUUCAUAGUCUAGAAACCGUGUUGUACAUAGAGACUGUCAACUAUACAUUAAUAUGUUGUUGACAAAUUAAAAAAAGCCAGCAGCGAAAGAUAGUAGAACUUUGAUCUCUUAGGUCAAAGAUAAAUUAAAAUACCUAUAAUUGUAUCUGAAAUGGUUUUAUCCAUUCGUUUUAUAUAUCUACAGCAGGAUUUAUAUAAAACUUAGUAAUAAACAAAAUUUAUUCCCUUGGUAAAAUUGUUUUCGGAAAACUGAAAGAAAUAAUGAAAGAGACCUCAGUUUUCUGAGUGUACAGAAAGUUUCGUACAUAAAAUUAAGUAUUAAACAUGUUGAAUGCUACUAAUUGUCCGAUACAACCGACAUGAAAUAUUACCUAUCAGGCGUUCUAAACAUCUCAAAUUAUCCAGAUAAAGGGCUAUUGAUUGUAAUUUCAGUGUUGUUUCGUUUUCUUUCUUCUCUUUAUUUUUACCAUUUCAUUUAACCAUUAAUCUGGUACUUGCGUAGUGGGUCGUUCUAUUCUAUGCAGGAAAUCAGUUAACCCUUUUAAUCAUUUAACUUUAAAGGCCUGCAAUGUUGUAGUUACUUUUAAGUCUGGGCAAUGUGACCAAUCAAAAGAAACGUCUUCAGCAG